AUGGCGUUAGUUCCCGUUCCUAAUCCGCCUCCUAGAGUAGAUUUCGACGCAGAAGCUGAGGAUCAUGAUGAGUUUCAUAUCGACAAGAUGGCGACAGAUUUUACCGAAGCCGAGGAAUCGAUUCGUCAUAACGUGUACCCAGAAAGUGACGAUGAGGAUGAGGAACGUGUUCGUAGUGGUGCUGCGAGAAGGGGGACUCCCAUCGUUCGUGGUGAUGGUUCAAUGUACAAAGGGCAAAGCUUCUACAAUGGAAUCGCUUUUAAGGAGUGUGUUCUCGACCACGCACUUGUAUCCGGUUGUAACCUGAAGCAAUACAGGUACGAUAGAGAUAGAAUCGGUUUUAAGUGUGUUGGUGCUAAGGGGAAAUGUAUGUGGAAAGUUUAUGCGGCAUGUCUGCACAAUGAGUCGAUGUGGAGGAUUACAUUGUACACGAAGAAGCAUAUUUGUGUACCUAAUGGAGAGUGUGAAAUGUUUAAGAAGCCAGUGAUAGCUAGGUUGUUUCUAAAUAAGAUAAGAGAAGAACCAGAUUAUUACAUGCCUUUGAAGAUGGAGCAGACUAUAAUGGAGAAGUGGAAGAUAUCAGUUACUAGAGGUCAAUGUCAAGCUGCUAGGAGAAAGGCAUUGGGAUGGAUAGAGCUUGAAUAUGACACUCAAUUUGAGCGGCUCAGAGAUUAUGGGGCCGAGAUAUUGGAAGCAAAUCAAGGUUCUGUUGUAGAGGUUGAAACGGUGAAGAACAAGGCUGGACAGGAUGUGUUUAAGCGAUUCUAUGUAUGCUUUGAUGUUUUUAGGAGAACAUGGAAAAAAUCCUGCAGGCCACUUAUAGGAGUUGAUGGUUGUUUCUUGAAAGAAAAGAUCAAGGGACAGCUUCUGGUUGCUUUAGGAAGAGAUGCUGACAAUGCUAUCUACCCAAUAGCUUGGUGUGUUGUUCAAGUUGAGAACACAAAUAAUUGGUCAUGGUUUGUGAAUAGGCUGAAAAUCGACUUGGAGUUAGGUGAUGGGGAUGGUUACAUUAUGGUGUCUGAUCGACAAAAGGGUUUGAUUAAAGCUGUUGAGUUAGAGUUACCAAAGAUUGAGCAUCGAAAAUGUGUUAGGCACAUUUAUGGUAAUCUAAAGAAGAUUCAUCCGAAUAAGAAGCGGCUGAAGAAACUACUCUGGGAUCUAGCUUGGUGCUACAAUAGUAAAGACUAUGAAGAGAGUUUGGAGAGGAUCCAUGCAUACGACAGUUCCCUAUAUGAAGAUGUUAUGAAGACUAAACCAAAUACUUGGUGUAGGGCGUUCCACAAGAUUGGCUGCGACUGUGAGGAUGUGGAAAACAACUUUGUGGAGUCCUUCAAUAGUACAAUCAACAAGGCAAGAGAGAAGCUAUUUGUGGCCAUGUUGGAGGCUGUUCGAAGGCUUGCAAUGGUUCGGAUUGCUAAGCGGUCUGCACUUUCUCAUUCACACGAAGGGAUAUGCACUCCAUAUGUGAAACGUUUCUUNCUGAAUGUCAUUCAUAAGCUAAACCAUAGACAAUUGAUUUGGUUAUCAUUUAGANUAGUCAAUUUGAAUGAAAGGACUUGUACCUGUAUGAAGUUUCAGAUAUGUGGAAUCCCCUGCGAACAUGCUUACGGACUGAUACUCAAGAAGACAUUGGAAGCUGAAGACUACGUGUGUGAAUGGUUCCGAACUUUCAAGUGGAAGGAGAAUUACAUGGAGGGGAUUAUUCCACAAACAGGUCCACGCUAUUGGCCUUGCACUGGUGGUGAAAGUGUGCAUCCACCACCAAGGCCAAAUGAUGAAAAGGUAGACAAGAAGAGGAAGAAAGGUGCUCAUGAGUCACCUACCAAGAAGAAACCAAACAAAAGAAGAGAAUCAUGCAUUGUGGGAUAUGUGGUGCAGCUGAUCAUAAUUGGUGGAACUCAAGUGGAAUCUACUCAAGGUUGUCUUACUCAAGAGAAGUAA